CUGCUUUUCGGGAUGGCGAUGGCAUCGCAGGGAAUGUUCCAAAUUUGUCGGUUUUGCUUGUGCCAAGAUGAAGCAUUACUGAUUCCACUAGAGGAUAUAUUGGAUUUCGGUCUUGCCUUCCCAGAUGUAAGCACAGUCACAGGAUUAGAGAUAAAUGAGGACAACAUAGCAUCAUACGCCAUGUGCUUGGAAUGUACAACCAAAUUGAAAAGCUCUGUCGCCUUCCGGAACUGCUGCCUAAGCAAUGAGUCUCACUUUCAAGAGCUUUGCGCUGUUCUGUCUGCCAGUUUUAAAGAGUCUCGUAUGAAAAUUAUCGACACAAUCCAGUUAUCGGACAGCUCGGAUGAAUCGAUAGAUUUUGACCUAAAAACACACUACGAUUCUGUUGAAAGUUCACAAAGCAAUGACGACCCCCUGCAAAUUACAAAGUCAACUGAGGAGCGUGAAGAAACUGUGCAAAUAACUUUUCAAUUCUCGUAUUGUGCCAAUUACAUCCUUCCGGGUGAAAUCGUAUUUUCCGAGGAUGAGGAUAUCAAGGCCAACAUUGGUUGGGAUAGCAGCUUGAAUCCUCCAGCUCCACAACCAGUAGUACACUUACGUGAAAAAGGAAAGCGCAAAUAUCACCUUUGUGACAUAUGCGGCAGGAAGGUUAUACAUAUUCCAAAGCAUGUUGAAGUUCAUAAAGAUGAAUACAAAUAUAGUUGUCCGCACUGUCCAGCAAAAUUCAAGCAAAAAAGCAAUUUGAUACCACACAUAAAAACUGUGCACUUGAAAAAAGUUAUGAAAACUUGCGAGAUAUGCGGCAAAGGAUUCGUUCACCACAAAACGUACAGAUAUCACAUGCUUACUCAUCAAGGUGAGGGGAAAACCUUCGAAUGCUUGGAUUGUUCGAGAACGUUUUCGAAUUCUGUUUACUUGAGAGAUCACAUUAACAGGCUGCAUAAUGCAGAUAAACAAAUGAAGAAAAAGGAUUCAGAAGACCGAAUUCGAAGGAAACGAAGCAGAUCCCACACUGUGAUCGAACAAAUCAACGAUCAAGUGGCAUAAUUUGGAUGGAUAUGUGGCUUCAUAUUCGUUUUCGUACUUGGACUGCCCUUUUUGAAAGCUAAUCAAACAGGAUUGAGACCCGACCGUUUUACACAAAUAAUAAAGUAUCCCGUUCUUUGUUCAAGGGAUGAGAAUUCGUACAAAUUGGAUACAAACCAGA